AUGUGGCUAUAUGAAACAUGUUUAAAAGCAGUUGCAUCCUAUGCUUCAUUGUACAUAAAUGAUGAAUUUGAACAGUUAUGUGAUAAAGUCUUAAAAGAUUUAUUAUUCUAUGUUUCACCGUAUGAACUUGAACGGAUUGAGAUCAUCUAUGAAAGACGUCAUAUUGUUACAAACGAUGUUUGGCGUAGACAUUUUGACCUUGUAUGGUCAUUAUCUCGUGACGAUAAAGAUUUAUAUGAAUCACAAUCAAAUGAUGUUAUACCAUAUAAACGAUUGUAUUUUGAAUAUUUAUUUCACGAUAGUCAAGUACUUCAAUUAGGUAUUUAUGUUAAUAUUAAUAGUAAACCACAACGAAUUAUAGAUUUAUCAAUAUAUGAACAUAUUAAAUAUAAUUUGAGUAGAGAAUCAGUUAUUUAUUGUGCUAAACAACGUCUCAUUGAAACAUCAACACUUUCUUUUCUAUGGAAUUAUGAAUGGAAUCAUUAUAUCAAACGUUUUAUUCUCAUACCAAAUACUUGGAAAUUAUUAAAAGCCGAUGAACAAAUGAUUUAUUGUUUUAUGAAUGAUGUCACUGAUUUAGUUCUUAGCGGAUAUCCUACAGAAACGGAUAUUAACGGAAUGAAAUUUGUUUUAGAGUUAUUAACACGUGGAAAUAUAAAAAGUAUUGUUCUUAAAUUUCCAUCCUAUUGUUUAAUGAAUAUUCUUGCUCCUUUACUUAUCUAUCCAAGAAGUUAUUCUAUUUCUUAUUUAUGUAAUAUUCAAAAAAUAAAUCAUUCCGAUUUAAGUUUAAAUACAGAGUUAAAACGACGUUUUGUAUUACCAUUUCUUAAACGAAAACAAAAAAUGUGUUUACAAGUACAAUUACAUACAACAAACGAAUCAUCAGUACCAUCACUACCUAUCAGAGGAUCAUUACCAAAUUUUAGACAAUUAUCAUCAAUAUCAAUAGAAAGUAAUCAUUCGAUAGUCACACAACAAAGUUCAACCGAUACAACAAAUGCUAUAAUGUCCGAUUCAAUUAGUUCACGAACCAAUAUUAGUGAUUCAAUCGAUUUUCUUAUAUCAUCACCAAAUACGGUGAUACAAAAUCAUUCAUCAUUAACAAAUCAUUUGACAUCAGUAGAAACAAAUUUUUUACCAGACUUAGUUAUUCAACAACAUAACAGAUUUCAACCGCGACAAUCACAAUUACCAACAACAACGAUUCUAUCGACAAUUGUUUCAAAUCAUAUUCUACCAACAGCUCAAAUAAUACCAGUGGAUAACAAUACUCUUCCACAAGAUUCAACGUUUGAUCACGAAAUUAGUCUUUCCACACUCAAUCAACAUUAUGAAGAACAAUUAAUUCAUCAUUUAAAUCGAUCUCGGACGUUAAUUCAUUUUCGAAAUCCAUUAUUAUCAUUGACUAAUGAUGUGGUAUCAACACGUUAUAUCGCAUCAGAACGAUCCAUGUUAUCACCAGGCACACGAUCAUUUCCUGCAUUAUCAAUGCCACUUCUACAACAACCAUUUUCAUUGAGCGAUAGUAAUAUCUAUAAUCGGCCGACAACGGUAACAUCAAGACCAUUUUCUAAUGGUUUAAUCGAACCACCACCAGUAACAAAGGCCAUUGGAGAAAAAAAUGAAACAAUUGAGGAAAACGGUGUACUCUUACAUCUAACAAAACAGAAUCAAAUAUGCUUUCUUACUAGUUUAUCAAUCUAUUAUGUAUCGAAUCAUGAAACAAUUGAAUUAUUGGCCAUCGCUCUUCUAGGUAUGCAUCAAAUUAAUUAUUUAACAUUAAUCAAUAUUGGUCUUUAUUCAUCACAAUUAGAAACAAAUUUAUUAGAACUAUGUAAACGUUCUCAAUUACAAUCGUUACAUAUAGGCAGUUUAACACUAUCCAAAGGAGCUUUAGGUUUUAUUAUCGAUUUGUACACAAAUUAUGGUGUUAAAUUAAAUUGUUUAAAAAUGGAUGCUUUGAAAUUACCACUAGAAGCUCUAGAUCUUAUUAGUACACUCGAUUUUGAACAACAACAUUUUCUUAUGAAUUCCUAUUUGGCGCGUUUUUCGUGGAGUGAAAAACAUUUUCAACAUAUCCAUAUGCAUCUACUAGUGAAACUAUUAUCAAGUGCAAAAAAUAUUCUACGAUUAGAUAUAUCAUCGAUGCUGGAAUCAGAUACUAUAUUGGAUGAAUGGUGCCAACAUAUCACUGAAAAUUAUCAUCAAAUUAAUGAUUUGAGAAUACGAAAUAUUCGUUUGAGACCAAAUAUAUUGGAAAUAUUUCUCUAUUCACUACGUGCUCAAGAUAACAAGAUAAAAAUUUUACAUUUGGAACGUUCAAGUUUAAUAUGGAAUUUUAUUACACAACAAGCAUUUACUAAUUUUAUUAUAAAGCAAAAUAAUUAUUUAAAUGAUUUAAAUUUAGCCUAUAAUAAUUUGGAUAUAACAUUUGUAAAAUGGUUGUGUGAAAUGAUCAAAGAAAAGAAAAAUUGUUGGUCAAUAUUGAACAUUAAUCUUAACUUUAAUAUUAUCUCAUAUGAAGCAAUGAUGAUGUUAUUACAUACAUUAAAAGACUAUAGAGAUAAAUGGCAUACGAAAGCCGUGAAACGAAUCGAUUUAUUAGGAAAUGCAUUAGAUUUAAACGAAAUUUUGAGUUUAAGAAAAGAAUUUGCCACAGUUGGAUGUGAUAUAAUCACAUGA